AUGGCGGAAAUGCUCCUGAAGGCACAGAAGUACAUGAAUGCUGAUGCUUUAGCUGCUAUAAAGGAUGUCGAGAAGCCAGGCGACAAGGCCAAGAGGGAAGACGAUCGUAGGGGACAGAAGAGAGAUCGAUCAGAUCGUCGGAACAACGACGGGAACAGGAGGAAAGAUGAUAAAAGUCCUCGGACGAACAAGUACUGCCAGUUCCACAAAGAUCACGGCCACAACACGGAAGAUUGCAGGGACCUAAAGGAGCAAAUAGAGGAGUUAAUACGGAAAGGGAAGUUACAGAAGUAUGUGAAGAAAGGAGAAUAUAGCAAGUUCAAAGACGACAAUAAAGCCCAGCAUGAAUCCUUCUCCCGGGAUGACGACCGUCCAUCCCAGCCUCCACACAAGGUGAUCGGGGAGAUCAACAUGAUUACAGGAGGGUCGUUUUCAGGAGGGUCGUUUAAAUCACUCAAAAAGGCAUACCAGAGACAAGUUAACAACGUCCACACCAUACCCCCAUCCAAGCACCGACGAACAUACCAAGACAUGUCCUUCAAUGAAGGAGACGCCAUGGGAGUGAAGCAGCCCCACAACGAUCCCUUGGUCAUAAUGCUAAAUAUAGAAGGGUUCAAUACCAAAAGGAUCCUCGUCGAUAAUGGCAGCUCCGCGGACAUCAUCUACCUCCCAGCCUUCCAGCAGCUGAGACUAGAUCCAAAAAGACUGCGCCCUUUUGACUCUUCGCUCGUCAGUUUCAGCGGAGAUAGGGUCUACCCCAGGGGUAUAGUGACAUUGACGGUGACGGCGGGGACCUACCCAGUGCAGUUGACCUGGCAAGUAGACUUCCUGGUGGUGGAUUGUCCCUCAUCCUACAAUGUCAUCGUUGGAAGACCCACGCACAACAAGUGGAAGGCAACAACGUCAACUUACUGUUUGAAGGUAAAAUUCCCAACAAAUAAUGGUGUCGGUGAAGUGAAAGGAGAUUAA